CCCCCUUUUGGUGAAGCAUAGGUACUGCCUGACUUAUCCAAUUUUAGUGUUGGUUCAUGUCAGACCAGUAAUACUAUAAUAAUUGAUUUGUAUUCUUAGGAUUGAUUUUGUAAAUGUGUACGGGAAUAAUAUAAAGUUUUUUAAUGUUACACUUGCAAAUAUAUCGUUAUUGUACUUUGAAAAGAUAAAUCCUACUGCUUACUCUGUCACGUGUGGAAAAAGAUCCCCGCAGCGUAGAGUAGUUCAAAGGGUUAACUGUGACAGAAGCUACUCCAAAUCCAUACCCAUCACCCUUCUCACCUCCCUCCCUCUCCCUCUCUCUCUGUCUCUCUCUCGCUCUCUCCCCUAGAGUACACACCGUCCACAGCAUGACACCUCAACUAUAUUCAUGGCUGUCCACUGAGCUUUAAGGAAAUCCCUCCUUGGUGUUUGGGGAAGACUGGACAACUGGUCAUGAAUAUAAAAAAAUAAAAGAGGUGGGAAAACUGAUGAAGCACCAAAGAAGAAGAUCCAGAAGAUUCCUCUUCAAGGGAACCAAGUGCUGUGAAAGACGCUGAAACGAUGUGUUUGAGAGCGUGAGGACACUGGAACUCUGCAGAUGAGACACGAUGCCUACACGGAGACUGGGUUUCCUGGUGGUUCUCCUUUGCGCGACUACAGUAACUGCACUGGUAGACGCUGAUGAUGUCAUCACAAGAGAUGAACAGAUCUACAUUGUGAUUGGUGCACAUGCCCGGUGUGAAAGAAGCAUCCAAGCCCAAAUGUUACAGCUUAAAGAUGGUGAAUGUGUCCCAGAGUGGGACGGGAUCAUCUGCUGGCCAAAGAGCAAACCAGGUCAGCUGGUCUCCGUUCUGUGUCCGAAAUACAUCUACGACUUCAACCAUAAAGGACGAGCCUAUCGCCAGUGUGAUGCUUCAGGAAAGUGGGAGCAAGUGUCCAGCGUCAAUCGCACUUGGGCUAACUACACGGAGUGCACCACAUAUUUGAUCUCCAAUCGCAGGAACCAAGAGCAGAAGGUGUUCGAGAGGCUUCACCUCAUGUACACCGUGGGCUAUUCCAUUUCUCUGGGAUCUCUGCUGGUGGCUAUCUUCAUCCUGUGCUAUUUCAAGCGUCUUCACUGCACACGCAACUACAUCCACAUUCACCUCUUCACUUCCUUCAUUUGCCGGGCGGUCAGCAUAUUCGUGAAAGACGCCGUGCUCUACUCUGUGUCCGAAGACGGUACCGCUGAGCCUGACUUCACCACCGAGGAGCCACACAGGGCCGGCUGUAAAGUUGCUGUCACCCUCUUCUUCUACUUCCUGGCCACCAACCACUACUGGAUACUGGUGGAGGGUUUGUACCUGCACAGCCUUAUCUUUAUGGCCUUUCUCUCCGAUAAGAACUACCUGUGGGCCCUCACCAUCAUCGGCUGGGGUGUUCCCGCUGUGUUUGUAUCCAUAUGGGUUAGCGCUCGAGCCUCAUUGGCAGACACACAAUGUUGGGACAUCAGUGCUGGAGACCUAAAGUGGAUCUAUCAGGUUCCCAUUUUGGCAGCCAUUGUUGUGAAUUUUCUCCUCUUUGUCAACAUUAUUCGUGUUCUUGCUUCCAAACUGUGGGAAACCAACACGGGUAAACUGGAUCCUCGCCAACAGUACCGGAAGCUGCUCAAGUCCACGUUGGUCCUCAUGCCCUUGUUUGGAGUUCACUACAUGCUCUUCAUGGCCCUUCCUUACACUGAGGUCGCGGGGCUGCUGUGGCAGGUGCAGAUGCACUACGAGAUGUUCUUCAACUCCUCUCAGGGCUUUUUCGUGGCUUUUAUCUACUGUUUCUGCAACGGAGAGGUGCAGGCCGAGGUAAAAAAGGCCUGGUUGAGGCGCAGCCUCACUCAGGACCUCAAACAAAAAACCAGGAUAACGAGCAGCGGCGGUGGCGGCAGCUGCUACUACAGUGGCAUGAUGUCACACACCGCCACGCAGAGCAUUAGCUUUUCUGCUGCCAAUACCAGAGGGCUCUCCUUGGGCAGCGGAGCAGCAGGACCAGCUGCUCCUCAAGGCGCACUGUUGAGGCCGCAACGGCACACCUCGCCCCAGCCACCGGGCGGCCCUCGUCUUUAUGUCCCCAGUGAUACCGAGGCCUCUGGGCUUUUAGCCAGGAAGGUCAGGACCAGCAAACAACAUGUUAACGCCGAUAGUCAAGGAAGAGCUUCAACCCAGCCUCCCAGAACAGAGGAGUCAAACAGCCCUUCACCUCUGAGAGAGCUGGAGACUUCUUUGUGAUUCAUGAGUCACAGACAUAUGUCCUUCUCUUCUCUCUCUUUUCCAUCUGCUUUGAAAGAGAAAAAUGAAAACAAAAAACAAAAAACACAUCCACCUGUCAUGUUGUAGCAGUCCAGCAAAUGCAGUUUUGUUUGUUUGUUUUUGAUUUAUUUGCUUUAAGUGAGCCUUUAGCACAGGCUUGGGCUAACUCUUUGACUCGCGGGCCACUAUCGGUCCUAAAAAUUGAACCGGGAGCUGGGUCAGGAGCAGAGAGAUGGAGCAUUGGUGUGAACAAAGAUAAAUGACAUGUGAAAGUCAUGCAGAAAGGCUAAAAUGGUUUUAGCUUUUUCUAUGCCAUCU